GUCCAAACCACACCACGGGACUUUGCUCGUCACCACGGUCACUCUAAAGCUCAGCUUUGGUUGCUCACACUCUCUCUUUCGCCACCGCCGACCUUUACUGUUCUCCGCGCGCAACAAACCGUCGCCGCCACCACCUCCGCCACCCACCUCUCUCGGAGCAGCCCCAACGCGAGAGGCAGCUGCCACAACCAGCCAAAAAAACGGCGCCAGACGUCAUUCCACCCGAGCUGAACGAGAACGCCGCAGCCAUGUCCGCUGUCCCCCAGACGCCGCCUGCCAAGGUGGUCAACGAGCUUGACCCCGAGGCCGACGACUUCCAGACGCCCGACAACUACGUCACGAAGACGGUGCAGAACCAGAAGCGCCUGCCCCCCAUCACGUGGAGCAACCUCCUUUCCAACAUUCAGUGGAUUUCCACGCUCGCCCUGACGAUCCCGCCCGCGCUGGCCAUCUACGGCCUUCGUACCACUCCUCUGCUCUGGAAGACGUUUGCCUGGUCUGUCGUCUACUACUUCAUCACCGGUCUCGGCAUCACUGCCGGUUACCACCGUCUCUGGGCCCACCGCUCGUACAACGCUUCCAAGCCUCUCCAGGUCGGCCUCGCGCUCGCCGGCGCCGGCUCGGUCCAGGGCUCGAUCAAGUGGUGGUCGCGCGGCCACCGCGCCCACCACCGCUACACCGACACCAAGCUCGACCCCUACUCGGCCCACGAGGGCUUCUGGUGGGCUCACAUGGGCUGGAUGCUCGUCAAGCCCCGCGGAAAGAUCGGUGUCGCCGACAUCUCGGACCUGAACAAGAGCCCCGUCGUCCGCUGGCAGCACAACAACUAUGUCAUCCUCAUGGUCUUCAUGGGCCUCGUCUUCCCCACGCUUGUUGCCGGCCUCGGCUGGGGCGACUGGGCUGGUGGCUUCUUCUUUGCCGGCGCCGCCCGUCUCGUCUUUGUCCACCACUCGACCUUCUGCGUCAACUCGCUCGCCCACUGGCUCGGUGAGACCCCCUUCGACAACAAGCACACCCCCAAGGACCACUUCAUCACGGCCCUUGUUACCGUCGGCGAGGGCUACCACAACUUCCACCACCAGUUCCCCAUGGACUUCCGCAACGCCAUCAAGUGGUACCAGUACGACCCCACUAAGUGGUUCAUCUGGACCAUGUCCAAGCUCGGCCUUGCUUCGCACCUCAAGAAGUUCCCUGACAACGAGAUCAAGAAGGGCCAGUACACCAUGAAGCUCCAGGUUCUCCAGGAGCAGUCCAAGGAGAUCAAGUGGCCCGUCCACUCCAACGACCUGCCCGUCAUCUCGUGGGAGGACUUCAAGGCCGAGGCCAAGGAGCGCUCUCUUGUCGCCAUCCACGGUUUCAUCCACGACGUCUCUUCGUUUAUCGAGGACCACCCCGGAGGUGCCCACCUCCUCAAGAAGGCUAUCGGCACUGACGCGACCACUGCCUUCUUCGGCGGUGUCUACGACCACUCGAACGCUGCCCACAACCUGCUUGCCAUGAUGCGCGUCGGUAUCCUCGACGGCGGCAUGGAGGUCGAGCACCUCAAGCUCCAGGGCCUCCGCCGCAACCUCUCGUCGGCCUCGCUCGAGUCGGGUGUCUCGUCCGCCUCGUCGGUUUCCGUCAAGUCGAUCCUCUCCGAGGUCGAGCAGAUCGAGAACCACAAGCCGGUCUACCAGCCCGUCGCCCUCGUGUCCAACCCCUACACCUUCAACAUUCCUCCCUCGGAGAAGUACCGCAUCAUCCAGUCGACGCCCGAGGUCCGCCCCACUGUUCUCUCGCGCCUCAACUCGCAGGUCAACUCGCGCGCGGGCUCGCGCCCUGUUUCGCCUCCUCUCUCUCCUUGAUUAUCUCUCGCAACUCGCUUGUGAAUAGAAAGAACAGUCGUGUUCGGGUCAGAGCUCGAUUCCUGUUUCGUUGGUAGCAUCAUUACAUUAUCAUCCCCCUCCCCACCCUUGCAUCAAAUCAAUCCACACACUGCCCUCUUUGGGGCACCGCUUUAUAGCCAAUUUCCUUUGUAUCACUGUUGCUCUACACGAGCUUAUGCAGAUGUGAAUACGUGAGACGUGAAGGAA